AUGAAGCGGAUUAUCCUCUCCCUUGCUGCGGUCGCGUCUGCGCUGCAGAGCCUGCCCCCAGUGCAGUUUGAUAACACAGGUUCAGAUCAUAACAAAGGCUUUUCCUUAACAACCACUGACCGGAUAAUCUACCUGGAUGCCGAUUUUGCUAGCUGGAAGGAUCAGAAUGGGUUGACGCUGAUUCCACCAUCGGCAUCCGACUUUGCCAACACAUUUCGCGAGGACUUGCAGGAGCUGACGAACAGUUCCUGGGAGGUUCGCACAGUCAAGCAAUUUCCCAAACACGCGUCUGGAAUAUUCCUCGGUCGCGCAGACAAUCCGGACAGGUUUACCUACGAAAAUGGAGACAAGACCGAGGAGGGAUAUGAGCUGGAGAUCCAGCAUGGCAGUGUCUUUAUUCGAGGCUCCGGGGCGCGAGGUAUGUGGUGGGGGUCACGAACGCUGCUCCAGGAGCUCAUUUUGACACACUCAUUCCUACAACCCGGUCGCGUGGAAGAUGCCCCCGCCUACGCGACUCGUGGAUUUCUGCUGGACGCUGGUCGCAAAUGGUAUUCGCUAGAGUUUUUGAAAGAUUUGUGCACAUAUGCCUCGUUCUUCAAAAUGUCCGAGUUUCAGUACCAUGCGACCGACAACUACCCACUAAGUCGCGGCCAGAACAAGACUUGGAACGAGGUCUACUCGCAGUUUUCUUUGCAUCCCGAAAGCGAGGCUCUUCACCCUCUUGUCCAGCGUGCCAAUGAAACGCUAUCCCGGGGUGAGUUUGAUGACUUCCAGCACUACUGUGCUCAGAGAGGCGUUACAGUGAUGCCGGAGAUCGAAAGCCCCGGGCACUGUCUCACGCUUACGAAAUGGAGACCUGAGCUCGCGUUGGACUCGAGGGACCUGCUCAACCUCUCUCAUCCUGACACUGUUCCUUUGAUGAAAUCCAUUUGGACUGAGUUCCUUCCUUGGUUCCACACGAAGGAGGUGCACAUUGGUGCCGAUGAGUACGAUCCUGACUUCGCGGAUGACUAUGUUGAGUUUGUGAACGAGAUAUCCCGUUUUGUGCAAGAAACAUCUGGCAAAGGUGUUCGUAUUUGGGGGACUUACGAGCCAUCAAAAACUACCAUUGAUAAGAAUGUGACAAUUCAACACUGGCAGUAUGGGCAAUCGGACCCAGUCCACCUAGCUCGCAAUGGCUAUAAAGUCAUUAACUCCGAGGAUUGGUGGGCCUAUAUGUCGCUGAAAAGCAACCAUGUACCUAUUACCCCAGCCCCUUACCCUCAGUUCUUCAACAAUUCCCGCGUUCUCAACUUCGCCGACCAGGACGGGUGGCAGUGGACGCCGGAGCUCUUCAAUCCAGUGAACACCACUGAACAACCGGAUGCCGAAGCUGUGCCGGGUGCUCUCUUGGCUGCCUGGAAUGACAGCGGUCCGGAUGCCACUACUCAACUCGAGGCCUACUAUGCAAUUCGUGAUGGCAUCCCGGUCGUGGCGUCGCAAGCGUGGUGUGGCGCACGUGGACCUCGCUUGCACGAACAGACCUUGGCUAAAUCUAUCGCACAAUUAUCCUCUCAAGCUGUGGGGCAAAAUCUGGACCGACGCCUCCCAGGAGAAGGGAGCAGCCACGGAUCAGGACUUUUGCUUUCAUGGACAAGGCCAACUACAGAGUCCAACCAGGAUGAAUAUAAUCUGGGCUAUGGCAGUAAGGGCAUGGAUUACACCCUUCAACUAGACGUCACGGGUCCGUUUUCUUUACAGUCCUCCGAUGCGACACUUACGUUGUCGUCGGACGGUGAAUUGACUUUCGUUUCUGAUGGAUGGUCAUACCCACUUCGAUCUAUUUCUCAAGCUGACGGCUUUGACCAAGAUCAGCCUGGUCGAAUUUGGGCCAACAAGACUACCUCAAGCCAUGAUGUUGUGACAAUACCCCUGAAAUCACAGGUCAUGAUCUCCACAGACGAGAUAUAUGGAAGCCGUGUGUGGGUGGAUGGAGCCUUUGUCGGCCGCUUUGAAGUCUUUAUCUAUGGCGGAAAGAAUCAAGUUUUCUCUUGGGGUCAAAUGGCUUUUGUGGCACCGUUGGGUAUGUUGAAAGGCUCCGGCUUGCAACACUUUGCUGUUUUUCAAGGUAGCAGGGAUGGUUGA